GUCUCGUCUUCUUCAACUUCAACCACCACGAUUAACUAAUUCAUUUUUUAAAAGUAACUUCAUUUCCUACCUUACCCUACAAUCAAGGACAGAAUCUAAGCAAUUUAAAAGGCAACAUUGAGAAGCCAGAAAAGUGAAAGUGAAGUGCCAAGCCAAGAUAGAGUGCAGCAUGAUGAAGCGUCGGUUGCUUUUGGUUUUCUUGGUUCUCUAUGUGACAGUCCUAGUAGAAGCUGAUUCUGGGUUUGUGAAAACAAGAGGAGUGCAGCUUAUGCUUAAUGGGAGCCCCUACUAUGCUAAUGGUUUCAAUGCCUAUUGGCUUAUGUAUAUUGCUUCUGAUCCAUCUCAGAGAAACAAGGUCUCUUCAGCGUUUCAAGAGGCUUCUAAUCAUGGACUUAACAUAGCCAGAACUUGGGCAUUCAGUGAUGGAGGAUAUAACCCCCUACAAUACUCUCCUGGAUCCUACAAUGAGCAAAUGUUCCAGGGGCUGGAUUUCGCGAUAGCAGAAGCAAGAAAAUAUGGGAUCAAGUUGGUGUUGAGUUUGGUGAAUAACUAUGAGAACAUGGGUGGGAAGAAACAAUAUGUGGAAUGGGCAAGGAGUCAGGGGCAGUCCAUAAAUUCUGAAGAUGACUUUUUCACAAAUCCUGUGGUGAAGGGAUACUACAAAAACCACAUCAAGGCUGUACUUACAAGACGUAAUAGCCUGAGUGGAGUUGCUUACAAAGACGACCCAACUAUAAUGGCUUGGGAACUUAUGAACGAGGUUAGGUGCCCUUCCGAUCAAUCAGGAAAGACGGUUCAGGCCUGGAUUACUGAGAUGGCAUCUUACGUGAAAUCCAUAGAUGGAAACCACUUGCUGGAAGCAGGUCUUGAAGGUUUCUACGGACAGUCAAAGCCAGAGUCUAACCCAAACUUCAAUGUAGGAACCGAUUUCAUUGCAAACAACCAAAUCCCAGGCAUCGAUUUCGCCACAGUGCACUCCUACCCCGAUCAAUGGCUAUCAAGUUCAGGUUAUGAAGACCAAAUUUCAUUCUUAGAACGGUGGCUGAACGAGCACAUUCAAGAUGCACAGAACACUCUUCACAAGCCACUUCUCUUUGCCGAGUUUGGUAUUUCCACAAAAACUUUUGGUGGCAGCUCAACACCAAGGGAUCGGUUAUUCAACACAGUGUAUUCAGCAAUAUACUCAUCCGCAAGUAGUGGCGGUGCUGCUGUUGGUGGCUUAUUUUGGCAGCUUCUAGCUCAAGGAAUGGAUUCUUUUCGAGACGGUUACGAGGUUGUCUUAGGUGAGAGCCCCUCAACGGCCACUUUGAUCGCUCAAGAGUCUCAAAAACUAAACCGAAUUCGCAAGAUGUACGCCAGACUCAGAAACAUUGAGAAGUGGAAUCGAGCUAUGGAAAUUAGAGGUGGAAACUAAACAUAAGUCUUAACUACCACGAUAUAUAUAAAAUAUAUAGAGAGAGAGUUGGUAACUCUGUAACUUAUUUGUGUGAGGAUUGAACUUCAGAAUGAAGUGUUUCAAUAAUCGUAGAGGGAAAAAUAGUCUAUUUCCAUUAAAAUAUUACACGUGAAGUAUCCUACAAAUGCUAGCCAUAACUAUUAUUUAUUGAGAUAUAUGGAAAGUAACUUUGUAUUGUACAAGCAAGCGAGUGAAACUACUUUUGUCUAAACUAUAUUAUGGAGAGGCCUGCUGGAUAUUUUGAAGUGCUU